AUGAAGCUGGUUGGCAGUACCCUUUGGGAUCUGCGUAUUAAAAGUCCAGAACGUAAGUUCUCGAUGGUCACCUCAAUUCGAGCUGCCGAACAGACACUUGCUGGAAUACGAGAUUUGCAUCUAUGUGGCUAUAUACAUCGUGAUAUAAAACCUCCAAAUUUCGCAAUCGGACGUGAAGAGGACGGUGAUUUGCACACGAUCUACAUAAUAGACUUUGGUCUGUCCAGGAAAUAUAGAACAGAAAACAACGAUCUGCGGCACGAACGUGAGAAAGUUAUGUUCCGAGGCACAACGCGUUACGCUAGCAUUAGCGCUUUGGAAUUGAAAGAGCAGUCUCGAAAAGACGACGUGGAGUCGUGGUGGUAUAUGGUCUUAGAGUGGAUGAUUGGGGAGCUACCAUGGCAAAAAAUCAAGGCAGAGCAAAGAUCACGAUACUGUGCGGCAGCGGAAGAUGGAGCUGCGGGAAGAGAAGAAUCUUAA